CUUAAAGUGCAAUUGACUAAUUGCUGGAGACUGAACAUAGACUAGAUUGAACGAUUCAAAAAAAAACUCCUGGGGCCUCAGGCUUAAGGGGUCUCCCCCAUUUUCAUGAGUUUUACCUCCAGGAGUCCCACAGGUCUUACUAUGAAGAUUGGAGAAAAAUCCCCUCAUCAUUCCAGCAGGGAAAGGGAAAAAGUAGCUAUUUUGAAAUAUACCCAGAGCAUUCAGUUCUCCUUAACAAAGGCCUGUCCUCAAGAGAAACUACUUAAAAGAGCCUAAUCAAUAUGGGAGAAGGAAAAUAACCAACUCCAGCCUCUAGCCUUCUUGUUUCACCUGAAGGGGGAAAAAAGACAAGAAGCAUUUGUGAAGGUCACAGUCCAGGGACACAACCUCACUAAAGGACUGAGACCUAAUAGGAUUAUAGAACACUUCCCCUCCCCCAACUUGACCAGCACAUCAGUAGGGCUCCUAUGUAAUAACAGGGGAUUACAACUGAAAGAACUACAAACUCAGACCCUACUUAAAGAGUCUCUAGGGAAACCUAAAGUCAACAGAGGAGACAAAUACAAGGACAUUGGAGGAAAUUUUAGCCUCUGACUCCUAUUGCUAUACCAAACAGGAAACACAGGCUAACUCCCAGCCAGAUAAACAUAAAACAUUUUACCCAAUAUAUUGUGUCUGACUUUCUACAAAAAAAUUACAAGGCAUGCUAAGAGGCAAAAAAUACAGUCUAAAGAGACAAAGCAAGCAUCAGAACCAGACUCAUAUAUGGCAGAAAUUUAAUUAUCAAACUGGGAAUUUAAAAUAACUAUGAUUAACAUGCUAAGGACCCUAAUGGAAAGAGUGGACAAUAUGCAAGAAUAGAUGAGUAAUGUAAGCCGAGAGAUGAAAACUCUAAGAAUCAAAAGGAAGUGCUAGAAAUCAAAAACACUGUGACAGAAAUGAGGAAUGCCUCUGAUGGGCUUAUCAGUACACUGGACACAACCAAGGAAAGAAUCAGUGAGUUUGAAGAUAGAUCAGUAAAAAUUUCCCAAACUGAAAAGCAAAGAGAAAAAAUGAAAACAGCAGAACACAAUAUCCAGACACAAUAGAUGUAAAUAACCUCAUGAGCAUAGAUAAUAGUAAAAUGUAGCAAAAUAAUUAGGGAGACAGAUGACUUUAGUAUUUACUACUUUUAUUUUUAAUAUAGUUUAUUCACUUGUAAGUUUAGAUAAUUUUUAAUAAUGGCUUGUUUAACAACCAACUUGCAAAUUUCUGGAAAAUUUAACAAGCAGCUCUUGAAAGUCUGUAACUGGCUCACACUGCUGCUUGAAAUAAAGACUCGUUGGAAGUACCAUAUUCAGAUUUAAAUACGGUUUCUUAAGGUUCCAUUAUAUGCUGAAUAUGCUAUGCUGAGUAAAUUUGCCUACAUUUUCUCACAAUUCUCAUAACUCAUGAAGUAGAUACUAUUGCCCUUUGUUUAAAUAAAACUGAGGCUUAAUCUGUUCAAAGUCAGACACCUAGAAGAUGGCAAAACUAAGAUUUGAGCCCAGGUCACUGCUCUUUCUACUCACUGCCAUCUGAAGCUUACAGUAUAAAUAAGACUAGGGCAAGAGAAAGGAUAACUAGUACUUGAUUCAUCCAUUUUCCUGAAGUUAUUUAGCCCACUCCCGCUCCAGCUCCACUGUGAACCCAUAAGUCCUGUGCCUCCUUAGACAAAGGGGGUGUCAGUCACAGUAAUUCUUCAGGACAUUACCAUGGUUACCAAACAGUGCAGUGCUCCAACCUGGACUUUCUAGAAGAGGACAGGGAAGAGCUGAGAUGGCCUUCUUUAACUUGUAUCUAUUGGGAUAUCAAAAUUCCUUUCGGAACAAGAAGAAGGACACAACUGAAGAAACAAACCAGAGGGAACUGGUACCUGCUAGGCUUCCCCCUAUUAUCUCAGAAGAUGGGAAUUAUUCCGUGCACCAGAAUAGCCACACAAGGUACCAUGAAGCUGUACAGAAGGUGUUGUUGAAGACAUUCCCCAAUCAGGUCUUCAGAGUCCCCUUGACUGAUGCUCAGAACUUCAGCUUCUGGCGGUCCCACCAUCCAGGAGUGCGCCCAGAGGAAACCAUGCCAUGGAUCCGGGGCCCCCGCCACUGCCUCAUUAAAAGCCCAAUGGCCAGGUUUAUGGAUCACUGUAUUCUCAGCGACAGAACCUUCAGUCUGUAUUGAGCAGGAUGUGUUUGCAGAAGAACAAGAUAGACUGUGGAAGGAGGACAAAGAAGGGGAAAGAGGGAGAAGGUGCCCUGGUUCCAAUGGCUGAGGGGAUCAAGAAAUCAGAGUAAACAGAUUGGACUAGAAGUCAUUUGUGUGCACUGGAAGUCUGGGUGAGGGAAAUUAUUCCAAUGCCCAAAUUCCUGUGAGAUCAGGUGUGAGAGAGACUCUUGAACGAGCCAGAACUUGGCAUUUGGUUUGGGAGGGGCCAGGACACUGGAAAGACCACCACAGGUGGUCCUGACUUCAUGCAUGCAGGAGUCAGAGUAACAGAUCUGGGAAGACACACACUAGUCCUCAUGAUGGUGAAGGGCCUGGAGUAGUCAUGCUCCCUGAAGACACUGCAGCUUCACAUUGGCAGGGAGAAAACCAGAGGAAGCCCUCUGGCGACAGACAGGAGAGGUCCACAGAGCCUUCCGGCAGGAGGCUGCCUCCUACACC